CCGGCCAGCUGGGGUCAUGGGGCGUCCAGCGGCGUGGCCAACGGCCGUGGUCCUCCUGGUCCUCCUCGCCGACGUCUACAGCUUCUCCCAGCCUCUACCGAGAGUCUUCCUGCCCUUCAAAGAGCUGCAGGUCUCCCAGGCCUUGGAGCAUUACAGCCUGUCCGAGGAGCCCAUGGACUACAGGAUCCUGCUGAUGGACGAGGACCAGGACCGCAUGUAUGUGGGCUGCAAGAACCACGUUCUGUCCAUGAACAUCAACAACAUCACCCAGGAGACGAUAAAGGUGUUUUGGCCGGCAUCCAGCAGCAAAAUCGAGGAGUGCCAAAUGGCUGGCAAGGACCCCACGCAUGGAUGUGGGAACUUCCUCAGGGUCAUCCAGCCCUUUAACCGAACUCACCUGUUCAUCUGUGGCAGUGGUGCCUAUAGCCCUGUCUGUGCAUACAUCAACAGGGGUCGAAGGCCAGAGGAGCAAGUGUUCUACGUGGACUCGCGGGCGGAGUCAGGGAAGGGGAGGUGCUCCUUCAACCCCAGGGUCAACACCGUGUCCGUCAUGCUCAACCAGGAGCUGUUCUCUGGAAUGUACAUCGACUUCAUGGGGACGGACGCAGCCAUUUUCAGGAGCCUCACCAGGAGAAAUGCGGUCAGGACGGACCAGCACAACUCCAAGUGGCUGAGCGAACCCAUUUUCAUCGAUGCCCAGUUGAUCCCAGAUGGAUCAGACCCCAAUGACACCAAACUGUACUUCUUCUUCCGAGAGAGGCUGACAGACAACAGUGGCAACACCAAGCACAUCCACACCAUGGUGGCCAGAGUGUGUCCGAAUGACAUCGGGGGUCAGCGGAGCCUGGUGAACAAGUGGACCACCUUCCUGAAGGCCCGGAUGGUGUGCUCAGUGGUGGAGCCAGAUGGCACAGAGACCCACUUCGACGAGCUCGAGAGCAUAUUUUUGCUGGAAACGGAACAUCCCAAAAACCUCUUGCUCUUCGGUAUUUUCACAUCCACAAGCUCGGUGUUCAAGGGCUCGGCGGUCUGCAUGUACAACAUGGCCGACAUCCUGACCGUCUUCAACGGCCCCUUCGCCCACAGAGAUGGGCCCAACUUCCAGUGGGUGGCGUACCAGGGCAGGAUACCUUACCCCAGGCCGGGCACGUGCCCGGGUGGGGCCUUCACCCCCAAUGUCCACACAACCAAAGAGUUCCCAGACGAGGUGGUCAGCUUCAUAAGGAACCACCCCGUGAUGUUCAAUCCCAUCUACCCCGUGGGCAGGAAGCCACUGGUGGUGCGCACACAAGCAGACUACAAGUACACUGCCAUCGCUGUGGAUCAGGUCAUCGCUGCCGAUGGCCGCUACCAGGUCUUAUUCCUGGGAACGGACAAAGGAACAGUGCAGAAGGUGAUUGUUCUGCCUACCAACCGCUCCCUGGAUGAGGACUUGAUCCUGGAGGAGUUAGAAGUGUUCAAGGAUCAGGCUCCUGUGACCAAUUUAAGAAUUUCCUCUAAAAAGCAACAGCUAUACGUGAGCUCGGAGUACGGCGUAUCCCAGGUGUCUUUGCACCGUUGCCAUGCCUACGGCUCAGCCUGUGCUGACUGCUGCCUGGCUCGAGACCCGUACUGUGCUUGGGACGGCCUGACCUGCUCCCACUUCUACCCCAUGGGAAAGAGGAGGAGCAGAAGGCAGGACAUCAUUCAUGGAAACCCUUUGACCCAGUGCAGAGGUUACAACCUGAAAGCCUACAGAAACGCAGCAGAGAUGACGCAGUAUGGUGUGAAGAACAACACCACCUUUCUGGAAUGCAUACCCAAGUCCCCCCAGGCUUCCAUUAAAUGGCUGAUCCAAAGGGACAAUGACAGGAGGAAAGAGGUGAAGCUGAGCAAUCGGGUGGUGUCCACAGACCACGGCCUCCUCAUCCGCUCCAUCCAGCCCUUGGACCAGGGCCUCUACCACUGCCUGGCCACGGAGAACAACUUCAAGCGUACGGUGGCCAAGAUCCGUCUGAAGGUGCUGGGCGACGCCUUGGUGAUGUCCCUGACAGACAAGCAGCAGUCGCCCUGGGCGAUGGCGACCGCGCUCCACCCCAAAUCCGUGCUGUCGGCCUUCAGCCCCGCGGAGGCCCAGGCGUUGCAGCAGUACUGCAAGGAGCAGCAGCAGGUGCAGCGGAUGGGGCCUCUGAGGGGAGACAUGGCCAAACUCAAGAGCCUCAUGGACCACAGGAAGAGUCGCAACCGCAGGAACCACCUGCCUGAGGAGUAGGUGAAGGGGGCGGGGUAGGGGCGGGGAAAGGGUGGGGCUGUGGG